AUGGCCGCCGGGGCCCGACACGGUGAGGCCACUGCGGCUGGGCGGGGCAAGGGGCAGGAGCAGGGCGCCGGAGCGCCGGAGGUGGCCGCCGGCGUGGCGUCUUCGCCGGCGCAGGGGGGUGCAGGAGCGGGGCGAGGUCGACGCCGGCAGUGGGGCAAAGGCGAGGCGAUACAAGGGCGGGCGCCCGGCGGAGGAGCGGCGGUGCGUGCGGGGUGGCUCGUCGGAGCCGCCGGGAGCAGCGGCGGGCGGCCGGGCACGGCGGGGCGCCGGCGGCCAGGGCUAGCAGCGAAGCAGCAACGCGCAGCAGCAGGAGGAGGAGGAACGGCAGCAGCGCAGCCGCAAGCAAGCAGCAGAAGUAGUUGCUACGGGAGUAGGGGCACGGUCCAGCGAACAUGCGCGCGAGGGGGGCGAGCAGCGACGGGAGAGGGGUCGCGGCGACGCAUGGGGUUCCAGGGGCACGGGCUCGCGUGCCCGGGCGCAUGCAAGGGUGCGCGGGGCGCCGGCCAUCGCGGGCAGGCGGAGGUGAAGACCGAGCCUCACCGCGGGUGCAGGGAUCGUGGCAGUGGGGCGCAGAGAGGAGACGGAGACGACGGCGACGCCGUGACGAGGUGCAGGCCGGCGAGGAGGAGGAGGCAGGCCGACGAGGAAGCUCCGGGCGCCGGCGUCGGCGUCGGGGGGCGCUGGGGCCCUGUUUGUCAUAGGCCCCUGGGGCCAAACGGGCGCGGGCGGCGCCAGGCGCCCGACGGGGCAGCCCUGGGCACGCGGGCGACGGCCACCGGGGCGCGACGCAGUGAGGCCACCGCGGCUGGGCGAGGCAAGGCGCAGGAGCAGGGCGCCGGAGCGCCGGAGGUGGCCGCGGGCGUGGCGUCUUCGCCGACGCAGUGGGUGCAGGAGCGGGGAGAGGUCGAUGUCGGCGGUGGGGCGAAGGCGAGGCGAUGCAAGGGCGGGCGCCCGGCGGAGCAGCGGCGGUGCGCGCGAGCUGGCUCGUCGGAGCCGCCGAGAGCAGCGGCGGGUGGCCGGGCACGGCGGGGCGCCGGCGGCCAGGGCUAG